UUUUGCUGGUGGAAUCUCAACUCUUGCAACUUUUUCUUACGUUGGUGGUGCUGGUGUUCAUAAGAGGAGCUAGAUGUAAGCACAGCUGUGUAAUGGAGGUUAAUAAUGCUUGUGGGCUAGAGGUGGAAGUGACUGGGCAGAGCAACAUCAGGAAGGCCACCAGACUGGAAGAGCACAGCUGACCCCACACCAACUAGCGCAGCUGUUGAGUGGGAAGCAUGGAGGAAAGCAGGAAUGAGAAGGUGAACCAAGCCCACAUUCUCUUCGACAGAUUUGUCCAGGCCACAACCUGUAAGGGGACUCUGAAAGCUUUCCAAGAGCUUUGUGACUACUUAGAGCUAAAGCCCAAGGACUAUCGUUCUUUCUAUCAUAAACUCAAGUCCAAGCUCAACUACUGGAAAGCCAAAGCCCUCUGGGCCAAGAUAGACAAGAGGGGCAGCCACAAAGACUACAAGAAGGGGAAAGCAUGCGCCAAUACGAAGUGUCUCAUAAUUGGGGCUGGACCCUGUGGCCUUCGUACAGCCAUCGACCUGUCCUUGCUAGGAGCCAAGGUGGUGGUCAUAGAAAAGCGAGAUGCCUUCUCUCGCAACAAUGUGCUGCACCUGUGGCCAUUCACCAUACAUGACUUGCGGGGCCUUGGCGCCAAAAAGUUCUAUGGCAAGUUCUGCGCAGGAGCCAUCGACCACAUCAGUAUCCGUCAGCUCCAGCUCAUCCUCUUGAAGGUUGCCUUGAUCUUGGGAAUAGAGAUCCAUGUCAACGUGGAAUUCCAGGGGCUUAUUUAUCCCCCUGAGGACCAGGAGAAUGAGAGGAUAGGCUGGCGUGCACAGGUCCACCCAAAAACACACCCAGUGUCAGAGUACGAAUUUGAAGUGGUCAUUGGAGGAGAUGGCAGGAGAAACACUUUAGAAGGAUUUCGUCGGAAGGAGUUCCGUGGUAAGCUGGCAAUUGCUAUCACAGCAAACUUCAUCAAUCGCAACACUACAGCCGAAGCCAAAGUGGAGGAGAUCAGUGGCGUGGCCUUCAUAUUUAACCAGAAGUUCUUCCAGGAUCUGCGAGAAGCCACAGGUAUUGACUUGGAGAACAUUGUCUACUACAAAGAUGACACUCACUACUUCGUCAUGACGGCCAAAAAGCAGAGUUUGCUGGACAAAGGGGUGAUACUGCAUGACUACGCAGACACAGAGCUGUUACUCUCACGGGAGAAUGUGGACCAGGAGGCUUUGCUCAACUAUGCCAGGGAAGCAGCUGACUUUUCUACCAAUCAGCAGCUGCCGUCACUGGACUUUGCCAUCAAUCACUAUGGGCAACCUGAUGUGGCCAUGUUUGACUUCACAUGUAUGUACGCAUCAGAGAAUGCAGCGAUGGUGCGAGAGCAGAAUGGUCACCAGUUGCUCGUGGCGCUGGUUGGGGACAGUCUGUUAGAGCCAUUCUGGCCGAUGGGCACUGGAAUAGCCAGGGGCUUUCUGGCUGCCAUGGAUUCUGCUUGGAUGGUACGAAGCUGGUCUCAGGGAACUAGCCCUUUGGAGGUCCUCGCAGAGAGGGAAAGCAUUUACAGGCUGCUGCCUCAGACCACUCCUGAGAAUGUGAGUAAAAACUUCAGCCAAUACAGCAUCGAUCCUGUUACCCGGUAUCCCAAUAUCAACGUCAACUUCCUGCGGCCAAACCAGGUGCGCCACUUAUAUGAUACAGGAGACCUGAAAGACAUUCACUUGGAAAUAGAGAACUUGGUGAACUCCAGGACACCAAAGCUGACACGGAAUGAGUCUGUAGCUCGUUCCAGCAAACUGCUUGGUUGGUGCCAAAGGCAGACUGAUGGGUAUGCUGGUGUGAAUGUAACAGAUCUCACAAUGUCAUGGAAGAGUGGCCUAGCCUUGUGUGCUAUUAUCCACAGAUACCGUCCUGACUUGAUAGACUUUGAUUCUCUAGAUGAACGCAACAUGGAGAAGAAUAACCAGCUGGCAUUUGACAUUGCUGAAAAGGAGUUUGGAAUCUCUCCUUUCAUGACUGGAAAGGAAAUGGCAUCUGUUGGAGAGCCAGACAAGUUGUCAAUGGUGAUGUACCUCACACAGUUCUAUGAGAUGUUCAAGGAUUCCAUCCCUUCCAGUGAGACUCUGGAUCUGAACGCAGAAGAGAAAGCUGCGCUGAUUGCCAGUACCAAGUCUCCAAUCUCUUUUCUUAGCAAACUGGGGCAGAGCAUCUCCAGGAAACGAACUCCAAAGGAUAAAAAGGAGAAGGAACUGGAUGGUGCAGGAAAGAGGAGAAAGACCAGCCAGUCAGAGGACGAGGAAGGCCCCCGAAGCUAUAGGGAGGAGAGGCCCACACUUGUGAGCGCCCUGACAGAAAGGAGAAUUGAUGCUGCCAUCGGGAACCAGAACAAGGUGAAGUCCAUGGCAACCCAGCUGCUGGCCAAAUUCGAGGAGAAUGCACCAGUGCAGUCCACAGGCUUACGGAGACAGCCUGUCCUGCCUUAUCAGGAACGUGUUCACAACCAGCUAUCCUGCAGACAGCGAGAGCAGGGCCGCCUUGCUCCCAUACCUCAGUGGAAACAGCUGAGGACUAAGGAGCGUUCACGGACCUGCCCUAAAAAAGUGAUCAUGCUCUCUCCUUCCUCUUCUCCACCUUCCUCUCCAUGGUAUCCCAGCCAGCAGACAAACAGGGAGCCUGGUGCUGACCCCCCUGGGGAGCAGAGUCCCAGACAGGAAAGGAGAUCUCCUCAGGUUUUUUUUGGUGACCAAGUGCCUGAGCAAGCACUGAAUGUUGAGCAGAGGGCAUGUCAGCUGGCUGCCCUCCUGGAGCCGAGGCCGACAAUCAGGCAUCAGGUGACUACUGCCCACUCUGGCAGUCUGUAUCUGUUUGUAAGAGAAUGGGGUAAGGAGUGACUGCUGGUGUCAGCGGGAUAGAGGCGUGCACCAACUGUUACUUUACACCACCACAUUAAAGACACCAUAAUCAGCUCUUGUUUUGAGCAGUUGUUUACUCCACUUCUUUCCCUGCCAAUUCUUAACUCUUUUCUUACUUAUUGAAGAUGCAUAGCAUGUGCAGUUUCAUAAAGUAGAAUACAAUUGACAAGGAUGAUCUACGCCCAAGCUUCAGGGCAGUGCUGGUCACUAGCUCGGCUCAAGUCAUGCAGUGGCCCUCUGCUAGUACAGAGAGAAUUGCUGGGCUGCACUGUCCAUUUGCUUUUCGGGGUGGGAACAUUCACAUUUCCUUUUUCAGGCACUAGUCCAUGGCUCUUAAGGGAGCCAGUUUUGUGCCUAUGCUUCCAGUAAUACUGUUUCCAGCAGUAAAGCUGGCAGCGUGUGCAGUUUCUCUCUCUGCUUCUACCACAAAUUUAAAAGUUAUUUUUCUCCUCUCACCCACCUGUAUUCUCUGACCUGUGGGAUCCUGACACUUGGGACAGUAGCUUCUCUAAUCUCCAGCCUCCCCCCAUACAUGCUACCAUCCCAACAACAACGCAUACACAGUCACACCUGGGAGGUCUUCACCAAUACUUUUUGGCAAAGUAGGAAGCUUUUU